AUGGCUUCAGUAACAGAUGCCAGAUACAGGCAGAAAGAUACUUCAGAUCAAAAUUUUGAUUACAUGUUCAAACUCCUGAUCAUUGGCAACAGCAGCGUGGGUAAAACAUCAUUCCUCUUCAGAUAUGCCGAUGACACUUUCACACCAGCCUUCGUUAGCACAGUAGGAAUUGACUUCAAAGUGAAAACAGUUUAUAGGAAUGACAAGCGGGUGAAACUGCAGAUUUGGGACACAGCUGGACAAGAAAGAUACAGGACCAUCACUACAGCCUACUACCGAGGAGCCAUGGGCUUCAUCCUCAUGUAUGAUAUCACCAGCGAAGACUCCUUCAAUGCAGUGCAGGACUGGGCCACACAAAUCAAGACUUACUCCUGGGACAAUGCACAAGUGAUCCUGGUCGGAAACAAAUGUGACAUGGAGGAUGAAAGAAUUGUUCCUGUGGAGAAGGGGAAACAUCUGGCGGAUCAGCUAGGUUUUGACUAUUUUGAAGCUAGUGCCAAAGAAAACAUCAACGUAAGGCAGGUGUUUGAGCGUCUCGUGGAUAUAAUCUGUGAAAAGAUGUCAGAGAGUAUAGAAUCAGACCCUUCCAGGGGCACUUCUGGAAGGAGCAUGCGCCUCACAGACAACCCACCCCCUUCGCAGCAGAACUGCUCGUGCUAGUGACCUUUCGCACUGAGAAAUGUCCUUCUCCUUUCCUGACUAAAUUUCAUCUUUUCAUUCAUGGUCAUGCAUUAUCAUGUAGUCCAAAGGCAGAAGUCUCUGUUGUAGGAAAUUGGUAUGUUUGUUUAAUGUGCUGAAGUGUUAAUAUUAUGUAUUUCCUCAUCCAAUAAUUUAAAAAAAAAUCUGACUAAAUAUUGUAAGUGCACCUAGUGUUAAUGUGAGUUACACUGAAGAAAAAUAAUUGUAUAGUGUUGCAAAUGUUAUUAUCACAGAGAAUGUUGCAUUUUUAAUUAUAAAUUCCUCUACUGCAGAAAGAGGUUUUUUGUCAAGAACAGCAGGAAA